CUGAAGCUGGGAUCUUUCCCAAAGGAGAAGGAGAGAGCAGGGACCACUUCUCACCUCUGUUGCUUGUACCUUUAGAUCUUCAGCAUCAUGGCAGAGGGAGGGGAUGGAGAGGAGGAAAUUCAGUUCUUACGAACGGAUGAUCAGGUCGUUCUACAGUGCACAGCCACUAUCCUGAAAGAGCAGAUUAAACUCUGUCUGUCCUGUGAGGGUUUCGGAAAUCGCUUAUGUUUCCUAGAAACCACAUCCAAUGCCCAGAAUGUUCCACCGGAUCUGGCUAUAUGCUGCUUUAUCCUGGAACAGUCCUUAUCUGUUCGAGCCCUUCAGGAAAUGCUUGCAAACACAACUGAGCUCAACGAGGCUGUCGAUUUGGAUAAAUGGUCUUCACAAGGAGGAGGCCACCGCACUUUGUUGUAUGGCCAUGCCAUCCUGCUCAGACACACACACUCUGGCAUGUAUCUCAGCUGUCUGACAACAUCAAGGUCACUCACAGACAAGCUGGCCUUUGAUGUAGGCUUGCAGGAGGACUCAACAGGUGAGGCAUGUUGGUGGACCAUUCACCCUGCUUCCAAGCAGAGGUCAGAAGGUGAGAAGGUCAGAGUGGGUGAUGACCUCAUCCUGGUCAGUGUGUCAUCUGAGAGAUACCUGCACCUUUCCUAUGCCAGUGGAGACCUCAUGGUUGAUGCCUCCUUCAUGCAAACCCUUUGGAACAUGAACCCAGUCUGUUCUGGCUGUGAGCUGGCAGAGGGUUAUCUGACUGGAGGGCAUGUUCUACGUCUUUUCCACGGUCACAUGGAUGAGUGUUUAGCAAUUCCUGGUGCUGACCAGGGGGAUGACCAGAGAAGAAACGCACACUAUGAAGGUGGAGCUGUGUGUAGUCAUGCCAGAUCUCUUUGGAGGCUAGAGCCUCUUCGGAUUGGAUGGAGUGGAAGCCACAUGAAGUGGGGUCAGUCAUUCAGGGUGCGUCACAUCACCACAGGCAGAUAUCUUUGCCUGGAUGAGGAGAAAGGACUCCUACUCGUGGAUCCAGAAAAGGCAAAUACAAAGAAUUCUGCCUUCUGCUUCCGUGUUUCAAAGGAGAAGACUGAGGUGGCUCAGAAACGUGAUGUGGAGGGAAUGGGUAUUGCAGAGAUAAAGUAUGGAGAGUCCAUGUGCUUUGUGCAGCAUGUCUCCACUAGUCUGUGGCUCACGUAUGCCUCAGUGGAUGCCAAGUCUGCUCGACUGGGUCCACUGAAGAGGAAGGCUAUACUGCAUCAGGAGGGUCAUAUGGAUGAUGCUCUGACUGUGGCUCGCUCUCAGACAGCAGAAUCCCAGGCUGCUAGAAUGAUAUACAGCACAGCAGGACUCUUCACUCAGUUCAUUAAAGGUCUGGACUCUCUAAGUGGGAAGAGUAAGUCUCCGCCCCCAACUCCAUCUCUGCCUCUGGACUCUGUGGUUCUGUCCUUGCAGGAUCUUAUAUUCUAUUUCCGCCCCCCUGAAGAGGAGCUGGAACAUGAAGAAAAGCAGACCAAACUUCGCUCUUUAAGGAACCGUCAGAAUCUAUUCCAAGAGGAGGGCAUGAUCACACUUGUAUUAGACUGUGUUGAUCGGCUGAAUGUCUACAACACUGCAGCUCAUUUCUCUGAGUUUGCUGGGGAGGAGGCAGCUGAGUCCUGGAAAGAGAUCGUCAACUUACUUUAUGAGCUGCUGGCAUCCCUAAUCAGAGGAAACAGGGCUAACUGUGCUUUGUUCUGUGAUAAUCUGGACUGGUUGGUCAGCAAACUGGAUCGAUUAGAGGCCUCUUCAGGCAUUCUGGAAGUGCUGUAUUGUAUUCUCAUUGAAAGUCCUGAAGUGCUUAACAUCAUCCAAGAGAACCACAUCAAAUCUAUCAUCGCACUUUUGGACAAACAUGGACGUAAUCACAAGGUUCUAGAUGUACUCUGCUCUUUGUGUGUGUGCAAUGGUGUAGCCGUGAGGUCCAAUCAGAAUCUUAUCACUGAGAAUCUGCUUCCAGGUCGUGAUCUCCUCCUGCAGACCAACAUCAUCAAUUAUGUCACCAGUAUGAGACCCAACAUUUUUCUGGGCACAUGUGAAGGCUCUACACAGUAUAAGAAAUGGUACUUCGAGAUAAUUGUAGACCAUGUGGAGUCAUUCCUUACCCCACAAGCGUGCCACCUGCGUGUUGGCUGGGCUUUGACAGAGGGCUACAGCCCGUACCCUGGAGGAGGAGAGGGUUGGGGGAGCAAUGGAGUCGGAGAUGAUCUUUAUUCGUACGGCUUUGAUGGGCUACACCUAUGGACAGGUCGUGUUCCACGUCAGGUGACCUCACCCAGUCAACACAUUCUUGCGGCCGAGGACGUGGUGAGCUGCUGUUUGGAUCUGAGCGUGCCCAGUAUCUCCUUCCGUAUCAAUGGACAUCCAGUACAAGGAAUGUUCGAGAACUUCAAUCUAGAUGGUCUCUUCUUCCCUGUGGUCAGCUUCUCAGCUGGUAUCAGAGUUCGCUUUCUCCUUGGUGGACGACAUGGAGACUUUAAAUUCCUCCCUCCUCCAGGCUAUGCCCCAUGCUAUGAAGCAGUUCUGCCCAAAGACAGACUGCGUAUUGAGCCUAUUAAAGAGUACAAGCAUGACUUCAAUGGUGUCCGGAACCUUCUUGGGCCAACUCAAUCUCUCUCCCACACCGCCUUCACUCCUUGCCCGGUUGACACUGUGCAGAUUGUACUCCCUCCUCAUCUGGAGCGUAUCAGAGAAAAACUGGCUGAGAAUAGUCAUGAGCUGUGGGCCAUUACACGUAUCGAGCAGGGCUGGACCUAUGGACCAUUCCGUGAUGACAAUAAGAAGCUGCACCCCUGUCUAGUGGACUUCCAGAGUCUUCCAGAGCCGGAGAAGAACUACAACUUGGCGAUGUCUGGAGAGACACUGAAGACUCUUCUGGCUUUAGGAUGUCAUGUAGGCAUGGGUGAUGAGAAAGCAGAGGAGAACCUGAAGAAGAUUAAACUCCCCAAAACGUAUAUGCAGAGCAAUGGAUACAAACCUGCACCUCUGGACCUCAACCAUGUGAAGCUGACACCCAAUCAGAACACACUUGUGGAAAGACUGGCUGAAAAUGGACACAAUGUCUGGGCUCGUGACCGGGUCCGCCAGGGCUGGACUUACAGCAUUAUUCAGGAUAUUGUGAACAAGCGCAAUCCCCGUCUUGUGCCUUACAUUCUUCUGGAUGAAAAGACGAAAAAGACCAAUCGUGACAGUGUAUGUGCCGCUGUACGCACUCUUAUUGGCUAUGGCUACAAUAUUGAGCCACCUGACCAGGAAAGCAGUGGACAUGGGGCUGGGAGUGGCCGGAGUGAUAAGAUCCGGGUGUUCAGAGCAGAAAAGUCCUACGCUGUGACCCAGGGGAAAUGGUACUUUGAGUUUGAGGCAGUAACAGUGGGCGAGAUGAGAGUUGGGUGGGCAAGACCAAAUGUCCAUGCAGAUAAAGAGCUUGGAUCUGAUGAACUGGCCUAUGUCUUCAAUGGAUUCAAGGCUCAGCGCUGGCAUGUUGGGAAUGAGCCGUUUGGACGGCAGUGGCAGUGUGGUGAUGUGGUGGGCUGCAUGAUAGACCUUACGGAGCAGAACAUCAUGUUUACUUUGAACGGAGAGAUGCUCAUUAGUGACUCUGGAUCUGAGAUGGCCUUCAAAGACAUUGAGAUCGGAGAGGGCUUCAUCCCUGUAUGCAGUCUGGGGCUUUCUCAAGUGGGCCGUAUUAACCUUGGGCAGAAUGUGAGCAGCCUGCGUUACUUCACUAUCUGUGGCCUGCAGGAAGGUUUUGAGCCUUUCGCCAUCAACAUGAAGAGAGAUAUCACCAUGUGGUUUAGCAAGAGUUUGCCCCAGUUUGUGCCUGUGCCAACAGAACACCCUCAUAUUGAGGUGUCCCGUGUGGAUGGAACUGUAGACAGUGCCCCUUGUCUGAAACUGAACCAUAAGACAUUUGGAUCUCAGAAUGCCAACACAGACCUUCUGUUCUUUAGACUCAGCAUGCCUAUAGAAUUCCAUGAGACCUUUAAAGUGCCAGUGGGUACAACACCCCUCACUCGCACCCUCACUAUUCCUGAGGACGAGACUCUUGAGAUAGACCCAGAAUCAGAGUUUGAGCUUCUGAAGAAGUCAGCUACUCGCAAAGAGCAAGAUGAGAAAGAAAAAGAGCCGUCUGUUCCUAAAGAUAUACCUGGCAACAAAGAAGGGGAGAAUGAGAAAGAUACCACCACAGAGAAGAGCAAAAAGAGAGGGUUCUUUUCCAAGGCAAAGAAGGCAGCGUUUAUAGCCCCACCACCAGUGGUUCCAACUGUGCCUCGUCUGAUGGAGGACGUUGUCCCAGACGAUCGAGAUGAUGCUGACAUUAUCUCUAACACAACAACUUAUUAUUAUUCAGUCCGGAUGUUUGCAGGGCAGGAGCCCAGUGGAGUGUGGGUAGGCUGGGUUACUCCUGAUUAUCACCUGUACGACCCUCACUUUGAUCUUGGUAAAGUCAGAAAUGUAACUGUUACUAUUGGGGAUGAUAAAGGCAACAUUCAUGACAGUGUAAAGCGCAGUAACUGCUACAUGGUAUGGGGAGGAGAGUUCAGCAGUUCGCAGCAAGCACGCAUUAGCCAGGAGGACUUUGUGAUUGGUUGCUUGGUGGAUCUGGACACAGGACUCAUGACCUUCACAGCCAAUGGGAAAGAGAUCAACACUUUCUACCAGGUGGAACCCAAUACGAAGCUGUUCCCUGCUUUAUUUUGUGUGCCAUCCAGCCAGAAUAUGUUACAAGUGGAACUUGGCAAAUUAAAGAAUAUAAUGCCCAUCUCUGCAGCCAUGUUCCGCAGUGACAAUAAGAACCCGGUUCCUCAGUGUCCUCCCAGGUUAGAUGUUCAGAUGUUGACUCCAGUCAUAUGGAGCCGAAUGCCUAAUCACUUCUUGGCCCCUGAGACUGGCCGUGUGAGUGAGAGACAAGGCUGGAAAGUGCAAUGCUCUGAACCUCUCAUUAUGAUGGCAUUGCACAUUCCAGAAGAGAACAGAUGCAUUGAUAUCCUGGAGCUUUCUGAGCACACAGAUCUGAUGAAGUUCCAUUACCACACUCUGAAACUGUAUGGCUCAGUGUGCGCUCUGGGCAACAACCGCGUUGCACAUGCCCUCUGUAGCCACGUGGAUGAAUCACAACUCUUCUAUGCCAUCGAGAACACCUUCCUGCCUGGCCCCAUCCGCAGCGGUUACUACGACCUUCUCAUAUCCAUGCAUCUUGAAUCUGCCAAGCGAAACCGUUUAAUGACCAAUAAAGAAUUCAUUGUUCCCAUGACGGAUGAGACGCGCAGCAUCACUCUCUACUCAGAUGCUGAGAAGGCCCAUGCACUACCAGGAGUCGGACUUACAACCUGCCUGCGACCCAAACUACACUUCUCUCCCACUGGGUUUGUGGGCACUAAUGCAGACCUCUACACCCUCAGCCCCGUAUUACCUCUGCAGAUGCUCAAGGACCAUGCCCUCAGCAUGCUUACAGAAGCCGUGCAGGACGGAGGGCAAGCUAUGCGCGAUCCUGUAGGGGGCAGCGUCGAGUUCCACUUUGUGCCCAUCUUGAAACUCAUUAGCACCCUGCUAAUAAUGGGUGUGUUUGACGACAGCGACGUGAAGCACAUCCUGAAGCUGAUUGAGCCUUCUGUGUUCAGCAACGAUGCUGAGAGCCCGACUGAAGAACUAGAGGCCACCAAAGCAGGAGAUGCUGAAAAACAGUUGGCCUGCAAAGAGGAAGGUAUGGAAGUAAAAGAGGAAGAGGAACUAAGUGAAAACGAGGGAGAACUGAUGGACGAAGGAGUGGGAGAGGAAGAGGAGCUUGAGCCUGAGGAGGAGGAAUAUGAAGAACAGGUGGAAAAGGAAGGGGAGGAGAGUGAGCAUGAUGCAGAAAAAGUGGACAGAGAAAAAACGGCUGUUGGAAAGGUGGAGGAAGCUGGUGUAGCAGAGGCAGAGAUAAAAGAGGAGGAUGUGGGUGAAGGACUGCUGCACAUGAAGCUUCCGGAGUCUGUCAAACUUCAGAUGUGUACUCUGCUGCAGUAUUUUUGCGAUUGUGAGCUACGUCACAGAGUAGAAGCCAUCAUCGCAUUCUCUGAUAAGUUUGUCAACCAAGUGCAGACCAAUCAGAGACAGCGAUAUAACGAACUCAUGCUGGCUUUCACAAUGAGUGCUGCAGAAACUGCCCGCAAGACCCGCGAAUUCCGCUCCCCUCCGCAGGAACAGGUGAACAUGUUAAUGAACUUUAAAAACUGUCCUGAGGAGGAAGAUUGUCCUGUUCCUGUAGGUGUCCGCAACGACCUGCUAACAUUCCACCAUGACCUGUUGGCUCACUGUGGUGUGCAUAUUGAUGAGGAGGAGGAGGAAGAAGUGGUGGACAACUCUGUCCGUGGACGCAUCCUGAGACUGGUGGAGAAAGUUAAAAACCUGCGUAAGAAGCCGGAGGCCGAGCCUGAACCUGAAGAAGAAAAAAAACCUAGUACUCUUCAGGAGUUGAUCUCCCACACUAUGAUUCACUGGGCUCAAGAGUCUUUCAUUCAGAACCCUGAAUUGGUACGGCUUAUGUUCAGUCUGCUACACCGGCAAUAUGACGCCCUGGGUGAGCUGAUCCGAGCGCUGCCCAAAGCCUACAUCAUCAACGCCGUGUCCGUGCAGGACACCAUGGAGCUACUGGAGUGUCUGGGACAAAUCCGGUCCCUGCUCAUUGUUCAGAUGGGUCCAGAAGAGGAAAGGCUGAUGAUUCAGAGUAUUGGGAAUAUUAUGAGCAACAGGGUGUUCUACCAGCACCCCAACCUGAUGAGAGCUCUGGGAAUGCACGAGACUGUCAUGGAGGUUAUGGUGAAUGUGCUUGGAGGUGGAGAUUCCAAGGAGAUUCGGUUUCCCCGAAUGGUGACCAAUUGCUGUCGUUUCCUGUGUUAUUUCUGUCGGAUCAGCAGGCAGAAUCAACGCUCAAUGUUCGAUCACCUCGGCUACCUCCUACAGAACAGUGGCAUUGGGCUGGGAAUGCGUGGCUCCACACCGCUUGACGUAGCUGCAGCAUCUUGUAUUGAUAACAAUGAGCUUGCCCUGGCUCUCCAAGAGCAAGACCUGGAGAUGGUUGUGAAGUACUUGGCAGGUUGUGGCCUUCAGAGCUGCCCCAUGCUCUUAUCGAAAGGUUACCCAGACAUCGGAUGGAACCCAUGUGGAGGAGAGAAGUAUCUGGAUUUCCUGCGCUUUGCUGUAUUUGUCAACGGAGAAAGCGUGGAGGAGAAUGCUAACGUGGUGGUCCGGCUGCUGAUCAGAAGGCCUGAGUGUUUUGGGCCUGCGCUGAGAGGAGAGGGGGGCAAUGGUCUGCUUGCUGCCAUUGAAGAGGCCAUUAAGAUUUCAGAGGAUCCUGCAAGAGAUGGACCCACUGUUAAGAAAGACAGACGCUUUCCAAUGUUUGGUGGAGAAGAGCAGCAUGAGGAGAACCGAGUGCACCUGGGAAAUGCCAUCAUGUCCUUUUACUCAGCUCUUAUUGAUCUGCUGGGUCGCUGUGCUCCUGAGAUGCAUUUGAUCCAGGCUGGUAAAGGUGAAGCGUUGAGGAUCAGGGCCAUCCUUAGGUCUCUUGUGCCCAUUGAGGAUCUGGUUGGUGUGAUAAGCUUGCCAGUCCAGAUACCUGCUUUAGGAAAAGAUAACAGCAUCAUCGAGCCAAAGAUGUCUGCAAGUUUUGUGCCUGAUCACAAAGCACCAAUGGUGCUGUUCCUGGACAGAGUGUAUGGGAUUGAUAACCAGGACUUCCUGUUGCAUGUACUGGAGGUGGGCUUCCUGCCUGACAUGCGAGCAGCAGCUUCCCUGGACACGGCUGCGUUCAGUACCACAGAGAUGGCCCUGGCUCUUAACCGUUACCUUUGCUCCGCUGUACUUCCUCUCAUUACUAAAUGUGCUCCUUUGUUUGCUGGCACGGACCACCGCGCCAUCAUGAUUGACUCCAUGCUCCACACAAUCUACAGACUGUCCCGAGGACGCUCUCUUACCAAAGCUCAGAGAGAUGUUAUUGAGGAAUGCCUCAUGUCUUUGUGCAGGUACCUGCGUCCUUCCAUGCUCCAGCACCUUCUCAGGCGAUUGGUAUUUGAUGUGCCAAUUCUGAAUGAAUAUGCAAAAAUGCCCCUUAAGCUGCUUACUAAUCAUUAUGAGCGUUGUUGGAAAUACUAUUGUUUGCCCAAUGGCUGGGCCAACUUUGGCAUAUCUUCAGAGGAGGAGCUUCAUCUCACUCGUAAACUCUUCUGGGGAAUUUUUGAAUCUCUGGCCCACAAGAAAUUUGAUGCAGAGCUGUUUAAAAUUGCAAUGCCCUGCAUAUGUGCAAUUGCUGGGGCAAUCCCACCUGAUUAUGUGGAUGCCAGCUACUCCUCUAAGACAGAGAAAAAGGCUUCUGUUGAUGCUGAAGGCAACUUUGACCCCAAACCUGUGGAUACCACAAAUACCAUUAUUCCCGAGAAACUGGAUGGCUUCAUCAACAGAUAUGCAGAAUACACACAUGACAAAUGGGCUUUUGAAAAGAUCCAGAAUAACUGGACAUUCGGUGAAGUGCUGGAUGAAAAUGCUAAGACUCAUCCUAUGCUCAGGCCUUACAAAACAUUCUCUGAAAAGGAUAAAGAAAUCUACCGAUGGCCCAUUAAAGAGUCCAUAAAGGCCAUGAUUGCUUGGGAGUGGACACUGGACAAAGCCAGAGAUGGUGAAGAAGAGAAAGUAGAAAAGAAGACAACUCGCAAGAUCUCGCAGACUGCACAGGCCACUUAUGACCCCAGUCAUGGCUAUAGUCCUCAGCCCAUUGAAAUCUCAGGCAUGACACUGUCCAGAGAGCUUCAGUCCAUGUCAGAACAGCUGGCAGAGAAUUACCACAAUACCUGGGGACGGAAAAAGAAAAUGGAGCUACAAUCAAAAGGGGGAGGGACACACCCUUUGCUUGUGCCGUAUGAUACACUGACAGCUAAAGAAAAGGCAAGAGACAGGGAAAAAGCACAUGAACUGCUCAAGUUUCUGCAGCUUAAUGGAUAUGCUGUGACCAGAGGACUAAAGGAUAUGGAGAGUGAUAUUUCAUCUAUUGAGAAACGUUUUGCAUAUGGCUUCCUUCAAAAACUGCUGAAAUGGAUGGACAUUGCCCAGGAGUUCAUUGCGCAUCUUGAGGCUGUUGUGAGCAGUGGUCGUGUGGAAAAGUCACCACAUGAACAAGAGAUCAAGUUCUUUGCCAAGAUUCUUCUUCCUUUGAUAAAUCAAUAUUUUAAAAAUCACUGCCUCUACUUCCUCUCGACACCUGCUAAAAUCCUGGGCAGUGGUGGACAUGCCUCAAACAAAGAAAAAGAGAUGAUUGCAAGUAUCUUCUGUAAAAUGUCUGCCCUGGUAAGACACAGAGUGUUUCUCUUUGGUACGGAUGCAUCUGCUAUUGUCAAUUGUCUUCAUAUCCUUGCACGUUCACUUGAUGCCCGGACUGUGAUGAAAUCAGGGCCUGAAAUUGUGAAGGCAGGGCUGCGUUCUUUCUAUGAGAGUGCAGCUGAUGAUAUAGAGAAGAUGGUGGAAAACCUCAAACUCGGCAAAGUAUCCAAAGGGAAUCAGCCUGUGAAGGGUGUGUCCCAGAAUAUUAACUACACCACAAUAGCUCUGCUCCCUGUCCUCACCUCCCUGUUUGACCACAUCGCUCAGCACCAGUUUGGAGAUGAUGUUAUCUUGGACGAUUUGCAGAUGUCCUGCUACCGAAUCAUGUGUAGUAUUUACUCUCUUGGUACUGUAAAAACUCCACAUGCAGAGAGACAUAGACCCGCCCUGGGUGAGUGUCUUGCUCAUCUUGCUGCAGCCAUGCCUGUGGCAUACCUGGAGCCCCAUCUGAAUGAAUACAAUGCAUUUUCUGUGUACACCACCAAGACGCCCAGGGAAAGAGCCAUCCUGGGACUUCCUAACCAUGUCAAGGAGCUGUGUUUGGACAUUCCUGAGCUAGACAUAUUGAUGAAAGAGAUCGGAGACCUGGCAGAAUCUGGGGCUCGUUACACAGAAAUGCCACAUGUGAUAGAGGUCACCCUGCCCAUGCUCUGUAACUAUCUACCCCGCUGGUGGGAGAGAGGAGUGGAGAACUUCCCAGAUUUGGAGGGUAAGCUGUGUACAGAUGUCACCUCUGAUCAACUCAACCAGCUCCUGGGAAGUAUCAUGAAAAUAGUGGUCAACAACCUGGGAAUUGAUGAAGCUUCGUGGAUGAAGAGACUUGCUGUGUUCUCCCAGCCCAUUGUGAGCCGAGCCAAACCAGAGAUGCUCAAAUCCCAUUUCAUCCCCACCAUGGAGAAACUGAAGAAGCGUACAUCUAAAGUGGUUGCUGAGGAGGAGCACCUGCGUAUGGAGGGGAAGUCUGAGGGCGACGAGGAGGAGGGAACUAUUCGAGAUGAAUUUGCGGUUCUUUGUAGAGAUUUGUAUGCUCUUUACCCUCUUCUUAUCCGCUACGUGGAUAACAACAGAGCAAGGUGGCUUACCUGCCGUGACCCAGAUGCUGAGGAGCUGUUCCGUAUGGUGGGAGAGGUCUUCAUUUUCUGGUCCAAAUCUCAUAAUUUCAAGCGCGAGGAACAAAACUUUGUGGUGAUGAAUGAAAUAAACAAUAUGUCCUUCCUCACUGCUGACAGCAAGAGCAAGAUGAGCAAGACCGGGGACUCUGAGGCUGGUGGCUCAGAUGUGGAGCGUACCAAGAAAAAGAGACGGGGAGAUCGAUAUUCUGUUCAGACGUCCCUCAUUGUGGCAUCGCUGAAGAAAAUGCUUCCCAUUGGACUCAACAUGUGCUCUCCUGCAGACCAGGAACUUAUUAACCUGGCCAAGCUCCGCUAUUCAUUGAAAGACACCGAUGAAGAGGUGAGAGAGUUCUUACAGAACAACCUGCAUCUCCAGGGCAAGGUCGAUAACCCAUCUAUGCGCUGGCAGAUGGCGCUGUAUAAGGAAAUGGCAGGAAAGGCAGAAGAUGCAGAUGCCCCAGAGAAAGUAGUGAAGAGAGUUCAGGAAGUCUCUGCCGUGCUUUACCACAUUGAAGUGACGGAGCACCCUUUCAAGUCCAAAAAGAUGGUUUGGCACAAACUGCUGUCUAAGCAGAGGCGUAGAGCAGUGGUGGCCUGUUUCAGGAUGACUCCCCUUUACAACCUGCCCAGGCAUAGAGCCUCUAACAUGUUCCUGGACGGAUACAAGCGGAACUGGAUCCAAACAGAAGGAUAUUCUUUUGAAGACAGAAUGAUAGAUGACUUGUCUAAAGCAAUGGAGGAAGAGGAGGAGGAGGAAGAGGAAAGGGAGACAAAGCCUGAUCCUCUUCAUCAGCUUAUUCUUCAUUUCAGUCGCACUGCCCUUACUGAGAAGAGUAAAUUGGACAUAGAUUACUUAUACAUGGCAUAUGCUGAUAUCAUGGCUAAGAGUUGCCACAUGGGGAAGGAUGAGGGGGGAGAUGAGGAGGUGGAGGGGGGAGAAGAAGAGAUGCCCUUUGAGGAAAAAGAGAUGGAAAAGCAGAGACUCCUUUACCAGCAGUCACGUCUACACAACCGUGGGGCUGCUGAGAUGGUCCUACAGAUGAUUAGUGCCUGCAAGGGUGAGACAGGUUGUAUGGUCUCAUCCACCCUAAAGCUUGGUAUUUCUAUUCUAAAUGGAGGGAACUGUGAAGUCCAACAGAAAAUGCUGGAGUACCUAAAAGACAAGAAAGAUGUUGGCUUUUUCCUCAGUGUCCAGGCACUAAUGCAGACCUGCAGUGUUUUGGACCUGAAUGCCUUUGAGAGGCAGAAUAAAGCAGAGGGUCUAGGUAUGGUGUCAGAGGAGGGAACAAGUGAGAAGGUGAUGGCUGAUGAUGAGUUCACUUGUGACCUCUUCCGCUUCCUGCAGCUCCUUUGUGAGGGUCACAACAAUGACUUCCAAAACUACCUCAGAACACAGACAGGCAGCACCACCACCAUCAAUAUUAUUAUCUGCACAGUGGAUUACCUGCUUAGACUACAGGAGUCCAUUAGUGAUUUCUACUGGUAUUACUCAGGAAAAGACAUCAUAGAUGAACCAGGCAAGAGGAACUUCUCUAAAGCUAUGGCUGUGGCCAAACAGGUCUUCAACAGCCUCACUGAGUAUAUCCAGGGUCCCUGCACGGGAAACCAGCAGUCUCUGACCCACAGUAGGCUUUGGGAUGCUGUUGUGGGCUUCCUUCAUGUGUUUGCCCAUAUGAUGAUGAAACUGGCUCAGGAUUCCAGUCAGAUUGGACUCCUAAAGGAGCUUUUGGACCUUCAGAAAGAUAUGGUUGUCAUGCUGCUGUCUCUGUUGGAGGGUAAUGUUGUAAAUGGUACAAUUGCUCGCCAAAUGGUGGACAUGCUGGUGGAAUCUUCUAGUAAUGUAGAAAUGAUCCUUAAAUUCUUCGACAUGUUCCUCAAGCUGAAGGACAUUGUCGCGUCUGACGCAUUCCGUGACUAUGUGACUGACCCCAGGGGUCUUAUUUCCAAGAAAGACUUCCAGAAAGCUAUGGACAGUCAAAAACAGUACACACCUUCAGAGAUCCAGUUUCUGUUGUCCUGCUCAGAGGCAGAUGAGAAUGAGAUGAUUAAUUACGAGGAGUUCGCCAGCCGCUUCCAAGAGCCAGCAAAAGAUAUUGGGUUUAAUAUUGCUGUGCUGCUCACCAACCUCUCUGAACAUGUCCCUCAUGAUACCAGGUUACAGAACUUCCUUGAACAGGCUGAGAGCGUUCUUAACUAUUUCCGCCCAUUUUUGGGUCGUAUUGAGAUCAUGGGUGCCAGCAGGAAGAUUGAGAGAAUUUACUUUGAGAUCAGUGAGGUGAACCGUAAACAAUGGGAGAUGCCUCAGGUGAAAGAGUCCAAGCGGCAGUUCAUAUUUGAUGUGGUCAACGAGGGUGGUGAGUCAGAGAAAAUGGAGCUUUUUGUUAACUUCUGCGAGGACACCAUCUUCGAGAUGAAUAUUGCGUCACAAAUUUCAGAGCAGGACGAGGAAGAGAAGGAAGAGGAUGAUAAUGAAGAACCUGAAGGAGGAGAUGGAGGUGGCAGCGAUGAAGAUGGUGGUGGAGAGGAGGGCCAACCAGAAUCAAGCUCUGCCUUUGCCGAUUUCAUCAAAAGCGUUAUGAAUUUUCUAGGCCUGUUCAAUUUUCGUAAUAUUCGCAGGCAGUACCGUAGGCUCAGGAAGAUGACUAUCAAGGAAAUCGUUGUUGGCCUCGCUAACUUCCUCUGGACCAUCCUUAUGGGCAUCCUCCAUUUCAUCUACAGUGUGUGUAAAGGUUUCUUCUUACUUAUCUGGCAAACACUUUUUGGAGGUGGUUUAGUUGAAGGGGCCAAGAACAUCACGGUGACAGAGAUACUGGCCAGCAUGCCGGAUCCCACACAGGAUGAGGUGCACGGAGACCUACCUGGUGAACCGAGGGGUGGAGAAGAGCAGGAAAUGGGAGGCAUAACUGACUCAAUGGAUGCAGGGGGUGGAGAGGAGGAGGAUGAGGACAUCCAAGAAAAAGAUGGUGGGAAGAUUCCUGGUAUUGAUACACCUGGUGGACUUGGCGAUAUGGGUGACACAACUCCUGUUGAACCUCCUACUCCUGAGGGCACUCCUUUAAUAAAGAGGAAAAUGCAGCCAGAAGAGGCAGGACCUGUGCAACCUCCUGCUAUUGAAGAACCUCCUCCUGAGCCUGAGAAAGCAGACACUGAGAAUGCUGAGAAGGCUGGUAAGGAAGUAGAGGCCAAGUCUGAAAUGAUAACAAAAGAACCAAAACUGGCGAAAGCCACCAAAUCCAAGAAAGAGAAAAGGUCAGCCAGAGGAGCAGGAUUUGAGCUCUGGAACGAGCUGGAUGUGCAAAGAAAUAAAUUCAUGAACUGUUUGUCUCGUAAUUUCUACAACCUUCGUUUCCUGGCUCUGUUCAUUGCCUUUGCCCUGAAUUUUAUUUUACUCUUCUACAAGGUGUCAGAUACUCCUCCCGAUGUUGAAGAGUUUGAAGGUUCUGGGCUUUAUGAAGGCUCUGGGCUGUUUGAAAGCUCUGGGGAGGAGAUAGAGGGCUCUGGUGGAGAAGAUGUAGGUGAUGAUGAUGAGGAGGAAGGAACCGUUUACUUUUUCCUGGAAGAGAGUACCGGUUACAUGCAGCCCACUCUGUCCUUCAUAGCCAUUCUGCACACAGUUAUUGCAUUCAUUUCCAUCAUUGGAUACAACUGCCUCAAGAUUCCACUGGUCAUCUUUAAGAGAGAGAAGGAACUGGCGAGGAAGCUGGAGUUUGAUGGUCUUUACAUCACAGAGCAGCCAGAAGAUGAUGACAUCAAGGGACAGUGGGACAGACUGGUGCUAAACACACCCUCCUUUCCCAACAACUACUGGGACAAAUUUGUUAAGCGAAAGGUACUGGAUAAAUAUGGAGAUAUUUAUGGACGUGAGCGAAUUGCUGAGCUGCUGGGUAUGGACCUGGCAUCUCUAGAUGUCAGCAAACAACAGACGGACAAGAAACAUGAAGAGCCAGACAACUCUAUACUGGCAUGGCUCACUGCCAUUGACAUUAAAUACCAGAUCUGGAAAUUUGGAGUUAUUUUUACAGACAAUACUUUCCUCUACCUGGUAUGGUACACCGUGAUGUCACUUCUGGGACAUUACAACAAUUUCUUCUAUGCUUGUCACCUGCUGGACAUCGCAAUGAAUGUCAAAACCCUCCGCACCAUUCUUUCCUCAGUCACACACAACGGAAAACAGCUGAUGAUGACAGUGGGUUUGCUGGCCGUGGUUGUGUACCUCUACACUGUGGUGGCCUUCAACUUCUUCAGGAAGUUCUACAAUAAAAGCGAGGAUGAGGAAGAGCCAGACAUGAAGUGUGACGACAUGAUGACAUGUUAUCUGUUCCACAUGUAUGUGGGUGUGCGGGCAGGUGGAGGUAUAGGAGAUGAGAUUGAGGAUCCAGCUGGUGAUGAAUAUGAGCUCUAUCGUGUGGUCUUCGACAUCACCUUCUUCUUUUUUGUCAUUGUCAUCCUGCUCGCCAUCAUUCAGGGUUUAAUCAUUGAUGCCUUUGGUGAGCUGAGAGACCAGCAAGAACAAGUAAAAGAGGACAUGGAGACCAAAUGCUUUAUAUGUGGCAUUGGGAGUGAUUACUUUGAUACAACUCCACAUGGUUUUGAGACCCAUACGCUGGAGGAACACAACUUGGCCAAUUACAUGUUCUUUCUGAUGUACUUAAUAAACAAAGAUGAAACUGAGCACACUGGGCAGGAGUCGUAUGUGUGGAAGAUGUACCAGGAGAGGUGCUGGGAUUUCUUCCCUGCUGGAGACUGCUUCCGAAAACAAUAUGAAGAUCAGUUAGGAUAACACUGAUAAUGGACUUAUAAACACAUUAACACACUCUCUCACUCUCUUCCCCUCAAAAAUACACAGUAAAUUCAUACAAACACUCUUAUAACGGCAUAAAGUUGUUUAAGUUACUGUUAGUAUAUAGAUAGAAAUUGUGCAAGUUCUUAUAUACUAAUAUCAGUACAAUAUAUAGAAUUGUUUUUCAAAUUCAGUUUUUGUUUUCUUUUACUGUAGAUUUGGGGAAAUAAACUAUUUAUUUGGAUUGCGUAGGUCUUUGUUGAAAUGUUACCUUAAUAGCAAUCACCAUUAACUGUCACAUAAAAGUAAAAUAAUUACUCCAGUCUCUAGAGAGUAGUUGGAAAGAUAAAACUUUGUAACUUUGACCUAUAAAUUAUUUUUUUAUUGAUAUAUUGUACCGUUUUAACAAAUGUAGUUACUCUAGCAUCCUAAAUCUUUUUUUUUCUUCAUACAUUUCAAAUGUGAUUAUAUUUUAUAUACUUGCAAUUCAUGAUAAGCAUCCACCCCUAACCAAUUCAAGAUCAAUGCAGAAUGCACAAACAUUAGCUUCUACUGCAAACAAAGUAAGAAGAAACAAACAUAUACAUUGUGAUAAACUGUAGGUUGACUGCUUUAUUAUCUUUUUCUAAAAUUAUUGCAAAAGCAUUGCAUUUAUUUAACCCCCCAAGACCCGGACAAGAUUGCUGUGUGCAUUUUCCAUUUCUCUUCAUGAUUUGUAACUAGUAUCACCUGAUUACCAUGCAAACAAACCGAUUCUUAGAAAAUUAAAGAGUUUGCCUAAAACGGAUGUCCUCAUAUGGGGACAGUGGGUCUAUGUUUUGGAAUUUUUUAAUGAAUGCCUACCUAUAGAAAAUCACAUUCGAUAGUCUAAUUAAUCACAUUUUAAUCACAAUGUUUUCUCUACUUUGGCAGCAAAUUCUCAAUGUUCUUUCUCUGCAUUGUAAAACAAACAAUUGUUAGCCAGUAGGAUCCAGUACUGUAGCAUUUGAAAAAUCUGAAAUAAGUAUAAUCAAUUCGGAAUCAAAGUAAUGGUCAACAUAGUCCAGUGGCUUCCAACUAUGUUGAAAUCAAAAUUAAUUUAAUCAAUUCUGAAUCUAUGUACUGUUCAGCAUAGUCCAAUGACUGCCAAUCAUGUCAAUUAGUGCAAGAUGUCAGCAGCUUGGAACUGAGCUCUUAACCUGAAGGAGUGAAUGAACUUGCAAAUAAAAGCUAUAGGUAGAUGUAUUGCUGCAUAAUCAGUUAAAGGAAUGGUUUGCCCAAAAAUGAAAGUUCUCUCAUGAUUUA